GAAGACACUGCAGAUCCGAUCUGAAUAUAAAUUAUGAAUCAUAAUUGUGUCAGUACUCACCUGUGGUUUGAUUGGUGGGAGUCGUUUGAAUGGCAGGGGCUGGGGUUAGAAGUCCUGCCCCUAACCAGUAUGGGGGCUGGAAGGGUAUAAAAUGUAUUUUGGUGGCCAGUCAAGCAUAAGGAAGUCAAAAGCACGUUUGCUGGUCACUUUAUGUCUGCUGCACAGUUUCCCACAUAGACCUGUGCUAAAGAUGCUGUCACGAAAUCUUGUAAUUGCUUCAGUGGCUGUUGUGCUUCUGGCGUCCACCCUAUCAACGGCUCCUGUUGAAGAUAAGGAGCCUGAGGAAAAUGACUUUGAGGCUGAAGAGGGUGAAGAAGAACUGUCUGAGGAGGAAGAGGAUGAUGAUGACUCCAAAGGUCAGCAUAUGAAGGGGGCCGGAUCGCAGCAGGCCACCGCAGCACCCAAAGGCUCGGGUAUGACUCCUGGCAGCGCCAUUGCGGGCGAAUCCCCAAACGGUCAGAAACUUAAUGGCGGCACUCAAACUGGCCAAGUCUCAUCAGGCAGCACAUCAACAGCUUCAAACGGAGCAAAUGGAAGUAACGGUAGAGACGGGUUCUCUCAGCCAUCUGGCUCAAGUUCUCAUGAUGCAAGUUAUGGUGGACAAGAUGGGUCCAAAUCAGAGAUAGUUCCUCCAGGUGUAGGAGCUGGAGGAGCAGCUGCUACUGGAGGUUCAGGAUCUAAAGUCCCUGGCACAGAUGGGGGCGUCCAUUCAGUGUCCAUUUCUUUAGUGCCAUCGGGUCAAGGGCCAUCAGACCAUAUAGCAGCAGGUCAUGGGUCAACAAUGUUAUCCAGCCACACUUUUGACCGACCUGCAGCAGGACAGACAUCGGAAAGUGUGGGUGUAGUUUCCUCUGAGGUGCAAUCCCAGCCUACAGGAUCAGAGGGAUACGCUCCACAUACAGAUGGCUCACAGUAUGAAAAUGGGGAAACCACUUACGAUGGAUCUCAAAUCGAGUCUCCAGAAAUUCCCGAGAUAGAAUCUAAUGGUAAUGGACACAAACAACUACUGAACGGAGGAGAAACAGGAUUUACAGGCGUGGAUCAUUUCAUGGAAGGCACAUCUCAGAUUCAAGAAGCAGGUGGUUUUGAUUCAUUUGGCACAAGCUCUCACCUGGAAACGACAGGCGUGAUAGAUCAGUCAAGCCAUGACUUCCUUGUUGACUUAAUGGGUGGAAUAGGAGAGAGCUUUGGUCCAGACACUCAAACAGACGGGCUAGAUCACAUGGGACUCGCAUUUCAGGUGGAUUCGGCAGCUGCUGGCCUGAGUCCAGGGCACCCAUCCAGUGGCGGUCCGGUUCUAGACGCUCCUCCAGACUCUCCCGGACUGGAUUACCUGUUUGUUGACAAUGGGAACGGUGAUUAUACCCAUUCAGUCAGCAUUUCUGAUAAUGGAGCCCAAUCAAAAUCACCAGCUGAUACAACAGAUUCAUCUGUGGUCUUUGACACAAUGUCACAUCCGGAUCAUUUCUUCACAGACUAUUCAGAUGGUUGGGUGGAUAAUAAUGGUGCAGAUUUACCCGAAACAAACGGAAAUGGAAACGGUCGGCACAAACCUGUGGUAGACAUACAGAAAGGCGGAACAGGCCAUCAGGACGCUGCAACGGCGAUGCAUCACACAGCUGUUGGUGCACUUGAUCUAAACGACCACACUCUCAGUCCCUACACAGACACCACUGGAUUUGACGGUGUCAUUGGUGCAGGAGCGCAGACAGAUAUGGCAGGUGCAGGAGGUGAUCCAGCGACUGACGGACAGACUUUAACAGACAUGACAGGGCAGGGACAUUUAGCUGUGACAGAUGGCAUGCCAAAUUACACGGAUUCUGUGCGUGCGACUGGGACUGGAUUUACAGAUGCCUCAGACACACAUAGUAGCAUGGUUCAGACAGACCUACCAGUCACAGGGGAUCCAUUCACAGGGGUUUCCUCACAGACAGAUGCCAUGGGCACAGGCCAACCUGGUGCUACAGAACAAACACAGACAGCUGUAUCAGCAGGUGAACAGUACCACACAUCUGGUCAGGGUUUUGAAGGUGCAGAAAAUGUGGAACUGGAAGAUACCUGCUGACUUCCACAUGAAGCCGCGAGUGAGGUUUCUGCGUUACAGAUUUCAGUGUACGGACCCGUACGCCUGGCAGAGGAACCGUGAACCCGCCCGCUAGACUUUAGCUCUCCUUUGUGUGCGUGUCCGUUUGUUUUAUUUUUGACUAUUUAAACAUUCAGAGAAUACUGUAACUUAAUGUUUUAUUGCGCCUGUUAAUAAAAGUGCCCUGUAAGUAUUUUAUUCAUUGGUACAACAAAAGAAAAGUCAAAGGAGUCAAAUGGAGAGAAAAAAAAAAUGGCUUUGUAAAUUCAAUGUUCGUUUUCCCCUAUAAAUGUAGCCACUGUAUUUUCUAGCCUAGAUGUUUAAGAAAUAUUCUUUACAAAAGUCACAAUUUGUAUAUUGCUGAAUGUAUGUCAUACGAAGAUAAUCUUUACAUUAAAUUGAACAUCU